ACGAUCUUCACAGAAGUGAAAACCUGAAAUCCCAUAUUAUAUCGUGAUCUGUCUAUGAGAAGUAGUACACGAUUUUAAUUGCACACUGAAAAUGAAUACAGAUGGUUCUAAUUGGGAUUCCAUUAUAUCUUACCAAUUGGUUUGCUCUCUUCCAACGAUCAUUCUCCAGAGGAGCAUCGUUUGGUUUCCAGUUGUAGAAGGCAGUGAGAGCAGUCGGAAUGAUGGCGGAGGCCUGUGGUGGUAUGGGUGGUUAGAGUUUACCAUUUUUAGUCAAAGUGUAGUGUUUGUUAAUAUUCAUAAGCAUUUUAUGAAGAAACGCACUUUACCCGUGUAAGGAAGUACGCAAGUGUGUUGGUAUGAUGGCCACAGCAAUACAAAAUAAUGGAAUUGAAUCACUAGCAAAUGGCAAUAUUAAUCAUGUUAAAGUGAAUGAAGAACAUGUUGAAUCUAGUGACAUCACUACCAACAGUUCUACUACUGGAGAAAUAUCUUCUGAAGCAGAGUCUCCAGAAAUAGACAUAGUUAUCAACAAUGUGGUCUGCAGCUUUAGUGUUCGAUGUCACCUGAAUCUCAGACAGAUUGCAUUAAAUGGUGCUAAUGUGGAGUACAGAAGAGAGAAUGGGAUGAUCACGAUGAAAUUGAGGAAACCGUACACAACUGCCUCUAUGUGGUCAUCAGGGAAAGUAACAUGUACUGGAGCUACUAGUGAAGAGCAAGCAAAAAUUGCAGCAAGGCGGUUUGCUCGAUGUUUGCAGAAACUUGGCUUUAAAGCACGAUUUACUAAUUUUAGGGUAGUCAAUGUGCUGGGGACGUGUUCCAUGCCCUUUGCAAUCAAAAUUACAGCUUUUUCAGAACGAUACAAAGAAAAUGCAGAUUACGAGCCAGAACUUCACCCUGGUGUGACAUACAAACUGACUCAACCCAAAGCAACUCUUAAAAUCUUCUCAACUGGUAGUGUUACUGUAACAGCACCGAGUGUGGCAGAUGUGCAGGCAGCAAUUGAACACAUAUUUCCUCUAGUCUAUGAAUACAGAAAGGAACGUACGAAAGAGGAUUUAUUGGCAUUGCAGUUACGACGUAAGGGUCAGAAGCGGAAACGCAGUUUUCCACACAUUGAAAUUGAGGACAAUGAUGAUUUUGGGGAAGAUGUGGAAGUUAUGUCUGAUGAUGCUGAAGACGAGAAUUGUGACAGUGAUAAGAGCUGGGAUUGAUGGAUGUAAUGUUGACAUUGUGUCAAGUGUUGGGGUGUGUGUGUCAAAAUGUGUGCAUGGUGUCAAACUGCAAGUAUUGAAAUGAAACAGUUGUUAACUGUGUAUGACUGUAGAAUGUCAGAGUAAUGUGAUGUGAAAAAAAAGUCUCUCAUUAUUUUCCAGCCUGAUUUUCCAAAUAUUCGUGUUUUGUGGUACAAUACUCAUUGCCACUUCAAGGCAAACAUUUUCUCACUGAUUUGUUACUGCGCAUAACAUUAUUUAUUUACAUCGUAAUUUACAUAUAGUCAAGAAUAGAGUUACAUGAAAUCUCUUGCUUUUCUCAUAAUAAUGAUUAUCAGGUCACAACUAGUGUCACUACUGACAUUCUAAAGCAAUGAAUCCAACGUUUUGUAUGUGGUAGACAGUAUUUAGCUAAUAAGGAACAAAAUGGGAUCAAAAGGUUUUUUUGCACUUUUGAAACAGUAAAUGUAAAAUGUUUUUCUGAACUUACGAGACUUGGGCAUUUUCUAUAUACAAUGUAAUGUAUUACCAGCCGUGAAAUCAUGUUAUUCAAUGAACUUUGUGAUACCAUGUAACUGACAUUAGGGCAAUGUCUGUGUAUCUAAUCAGGCUAGAUAGGAACUGUGCAAUUCCUUCCAAAGUAUCCAAAUUUGCUUUAGAAGUAUUAUACAUUUGUUUAGCUGAACGAAUAUAUAGCUCUAGAACCACCUCUAUAAAAUGUGUAAUAUGAGCCAGUUACAUAUAUUUGAAAUGUCACAUAAUAAGUGUUCAACAUAGUUUUAUCAUGGAACUGAUUUUCCACCUUUGUCACUUUGUAACAGUGAAUAUGAAAAUAAGGAAACAGUACUUUCCUCAUGUGCUAAGAAUGCAAUAGAUUGUGACAUAUUGAAACUUGAAUUUCAUUAUGAUUAUUACAUGCAUGCUUGAGCGAAAUCUACAUGGUUUCUUCCAGCUUAUGUUUGUCAUUGCUUCCUUUUCGCAUAUGAUGGUGGAACCAGGGUCAUCAUCCCAGUCUCAAUUCUGGAAGGUGAAAUGUAGUAAAAUAUUUUUAACUAGCAUUAAAAUUAUGUUUCAGAUUCAGAGGGAAACUAAUUUAAUUUUGUGUCUUUAAUCCAGGUGUUUAUACACAUGACUGUGUACCUACUUGCUUCACUUGGGUAUGUGUUGUUUAAGAUUAGUUUUACAUUACUGGAGAUGCAUGUAAGGUACACACUAUUGGGAAAUACUUCUUUUCCUUCCUCCUGUUGAUCCCAGAUUUGGGUACAUCUUCAUUUGAUCAACCAGAAAAAUAUGCAAUUGUAGUUCUGACUGGGAAAUCACACUAAGUGGCACGCUGAUGAGUACUAUCUUCUGAGAUGUGACACUGUGUAGUCUCAUAAAGUUGAACUUCUGCCAGGUUAUGCAGCAUCUUAUCCCAGAAGGCAGUACUCUUCGUGGCCACUGUUGCGAGAACUAAAAAUGUUGCAAGUGAUAUGUUGCUUUUGCUAUUUUAAUAGCAUUCAAUAUUUAUUUAUAAAUAUAAGUAGUAAGUGUUUAAGUUCCAUCAUGUAUGAUUGUCACUAUAUUCACUCAUUUUUGUCAUAGAAUAGUCGAUUUGUGAAGUUUGUAUUAUCUUUGUUCACUGUUCAUUUGAAUAAUAUACACCAUAAUUACAGUACACAGAAUACAGGAUUGUGUCAUGAUUUUGAAAACCUGUCACUAUGUUUGCAAAUAUAGAACUCUUACUUUU